AUGGAGCAACCUCCAGGGUAUGCUGCUCAGGAGGAGAAUUCUACUAAAGUUUGCAAGCUUCGUAAGGAAAUUUAUGGGUUGAAAGUUGAAACAAUCCCCACAGGUACUCCCAUGGAUCCUCAUCAAAAGCUUGGGUCCGUUGAGAGUAAGGAUUUUUCUGAUAUUCAUCGGUAUAAAAGAUUAGUUGGGAAACUCAUUUAUCUUAUUGUCACUUGCCUAGAUAUAUCCUUUGCCGUUGGAGUUAUUAGUCAGUUCAUGCAAUAUCCAAAGAAAUUUCACUGGGAUGCUGCCUGUCGUGUGUUGCGAUAUCUAAAAGGUGCUCCUGGUAAGGGUCUUAUUUAUCGGCCUAACCGACAUGCUAAUCUGGUUUGGUUUUUUGAUGCUGAUUGGGCUGGUGCUGAUGAUGAUAGCCGUUCCACUACUGGUUAUUGUACAUUUGUGGGUGGUAAUCUGGUCACCUGA